AUGGCAAUGAUAAACAAUAAAACACAAUGUUUUAAUUGCAAGAAAGAAAAAAUAACAUAUCCUUGUGACGGAUGUUCACAAAGAUUUUGUUUUAUGGAUUUAUCAGAACAUAAACAAAUAUUAAAUGAUGAAUUAAAUCAUAUAACUAAUGAGUAUACUGUAUUCAAACAGAGAAUUAAUGAACAAAAACAAGAUUCACAAAAACAUUCAUUAAUAGAACAAAUUAAUCAAUGGGAAAAACAAUCAAUUGAAAUAAUUCAACAAAAAGCACAACAAUGUAGAGAAAUGGUCAUCGAAUCUACAAAAACAUGUAUUAAUGAUAUUGAAAAGAAAUAUAAUGAUUUAUCUGAACAAAUAAAACAAAUUCAUGAAGAAAAUGAAUUUAACGAAAUGAAUUUAAAUUAUUUAAAAAUUCAAUUAAUAGAAAUUACAGAAGAAUUCAAUAAUCCAGUAAAAAUUUCUAUUGAACAAGAUUCACAAUCAUUUAUUAAUGAAAUUUCAAUUAUUUUAUCAAAAAAACCAACAUUCAACAAAUGGAAACAAAAUGCUAUCACUGUGGCUGGUGGAAAUGAAAAAGGACAACAAUUAAAUCAACUCAUGGGCCCUCAUGGAAUCUUUAUUGACGAAAAGAAAAAUAUUUUCAUUGCUGAUUGUUCAAAUCAUCGUAUAGUUGAAUGGGAAUGUAAUGCAAAGAUAGGACAAAUCAUUGCAGGUGGAAAUAACAAAGGAAAUCGAAUAGAUCAAUUGAAUCUACCAACAGAUGUGAUUGUUGAUCAACAAAAUCAUUCAAUUAUCAUUGCUGAUCAAGGGAACAGACGAGUAAUUCAAUGGUUGAAUCAAAAGCAACAAAUUCUCAUCCACAAUAUUGACUGUUCUCGCUUAGCAAUGGAUAAAAAUGGAUUUCUUUAUGUUUCUCAUCGUGAGAGGAAUGAAGUGAGACGAUGGAAAAUGGGAGAAUAUAACAACGAAGGAAUUAUAGUGGCAGGUGGAAAUGGCAAAGGAAAUGAACUCAGUCAAUUCAAUUCUCCUAGUUUUCUUUUUGUUGAUAAAGACCAAUCUGUUUAUGUAUCCGAUAUAUUCAACCAUCGUGUAAUGAAAUGGACGAAAGAUGCAGAAGAAGGAAAAAUCGUGGCUGGAGGAAAUGGUGAAGGAGGAAAUCUCAAUCAAUUGUCUAAACCGGAAGGAGUAAUUGUUGAUGAUCUGGGUCAAAUUUAUGUAGCUGAUUUUGGAAAUCAUCGAGUAAUGCGUUGGUAUGAAGGAAAAGAGCAAGGUGAAAUUGUUGUUGGUGGAAAUGGUGGAGGAAAUCAAUCAAAUCAACUCAAUAGUCCCGGUGGUUUAUGUUUUGAUGGUGAAGGGAAUCUUUAUGUUGGUGAUCAUUAUAAUCAUCGAAUUCAAAAAUUUGUAAUAGUUUUGUGAAUAAAAUUCUGAUUUUGAAAAAACGAAAAGAGUUUUUGUUAAAUAAAUAACCGAGAAACAAAAGAAAAGAAAAUAAUAAAGAAAAAUCUUUUUUUUAGGAUGUAGGCGUGGGUAAAUAGAACAUUAAUCCACCCCCUUCUUUUACUUCUGAUUUAACUUUAUCAUCUAAACCUCUAUCGU